UUAUUUUUAAUGGAAAAUUUGUUUAUUAAUAUCUGAGAAGAUGCAAUCAAGGCUGUGGCUGACAUACCCAUCAAGGCCUUCAACAGGCUUCCUAAGUGACUGAAGGAUCUCCUCCUCAAGAAGAGGAAGAGGAAUAAAUACAGGGAGAAGAUGAGGAGACUCAGGUCCUCUCAAAAGCAGAGAGUGGAAGUGCUUGCAAAUGAAGGAGCAAGAGCAUUUUCAGGCACUACCUGUACUCAAGGCAAGAACAAGCUGGUAUUGGAGGUGGUGUAUCAAGACAGCUCUCAGAUACUCAGGCCAUUGAGUCAGAGAAGGUCAGAGGUCUUUCAAGGCUCUUGGAGAGGAGAUGAGAGUACCAGGCGGAUUAAAAACUCGGAUAAAAGAAGAUUUUGUGAUAAGCACCCCAAAUGUCGUUCUCCAAAGCCCUAAUAUUAUUUCUAAUAGCCGCCUGUGAUGUUCAAACUGCUCUCAAAAGCUUAAGAGUUUAGCCAGAGAAGGAGAUAAUCUUUACUCAUAUCAAGACUUGGAGAAGAAAAAAUUGCACACACUCAUUGCUGCUGGUUAUACUUGGCUUUCUAUUAUCUAUGUCAAGGAGAAUCUGAAGCUUCAUCUGCUUUAGAUAAGGUCUAAUAGAAGGAAGAAGAAGCUGAUAUCAGUGUUGGAUACGUCUUAGGUGGAGACAGUGAUGACUCC